AUGAGUGCUCAAAGUGGAUGUGUGAGCUGUAAUGGGGGAUCUGAAUUGUAUGAUGUUAAGCAUGAUGCUGAUUGUUCAGAAGAAGAUGCACAGAUCCAAUUGGCUCCUCAUGUUCAGGCAUAUUUGGCACACAAUAAUUCUACAACCAACUGCUGUGGAUUCGCCAUUCCUAUUGCAUUUGAAAGAGCUGCCCCUGGAACCUGGUGGAAUCCCAGAUUUGAUUCAGAAAUCCUUGAAGGACAAUAUAGGAGCAGUUCCUUUAGACAAAUUAGAUUAAGAUUUAGAUUUGCACUUUUAUACAUUUUAAUAUUUUCUAUAUCAUGGUUUGUUUACUUUGUUGUUCUUGGCUUACAUGGUGUAACAGUAAAGUGGUCAUUUCUAUGUUCAAUAUUUUCUGGAGUUGUCUUGAUAACUUGUGUGAUGCUGUUUGUCACAUUUACAGAUCUUUAUAAGAUCUUCACAUUUAAACUCUCUUUGGUUAUGGCACUGGCUCUGUGUACUCUCAGCCUGUCUCUUGUUACUUUGACAACACAAUUGGAAACAUCUGUGUCCCAAGUGGCAGAUAUAAGUCAAUCAGGGCAUUUUACAAUUUCUGUUGAAAUUCUACUUAUCAUAUAUACACUGACACCGUUGCCACUGUUUGCCUGUGUUAUUAUAGGAAUAUUAUACUCAAUUGCAUUUGAAAUUUUAAAUAUAGUUCUGCAUCUAUCUGACCAAGAAUGGCAAUAUCCUGGAAUGUUUGUAAGAGUUUUACUCCAACUUUGCGUGCACAUAAUUGGUGUGCAUAUUUAUUUGAUGACAUUUGUUAGAAUGCGUGGCACAUUUAUGAAAGUAGGACAGAGUUUGUUAGUAAGAAGGCAGCUGGAGAUGGAAAAGCUACUAAAAGAAAAAAUGAUACACUCUGUGAUGCCUCCAAAACUUGCCAGUUGGCUGAUGGAAGAACAAGUUUUAGAUUGUGAGACAAAUUUCAAGUCUCCACUUAAUCCAAGAACGUCAAAUCCUGGAGCUUCUGACAUCAAGUCUCUAUUCAGACCUUUUAAUAUGAGUUGUAUGGAAAAUGUCAGUAUAUUGUUUGCUGAUAUUGUGGGUUUUACAAGGAUGUCUAGUAACAAAGGUGCUGAAGAAUUAGUAAAUAUAUUGAAUGAUUUGUUUGAAAAAUUUGAUGAACUAUGCCUCAUUCAUGGUUGCGAAAAGAUAUCCACUCUGGGAGAUUGUUACUACUGUGUCUCUGGGUGUCCAGAGCCAAGACCUGAUCAUGCAGCAUGCUGUGUGGAAAUGGGUUUAGGUAUGAUAGAAGCUAUACAAGAGUUUGAUAGAGAGCGUGGUGAGGGUGUUAAUAUGAGAGUUGGAGUUCAUACUGGUACAGUUUUAUGUGGAAUUGUUGGUACACGUAGGUUUAAAUUUGAUGUGUGGAGUAAUGAUGUGACUUUCGCAAAUAAAAUGGAAUCAACAGGCCAACCUGGUAGAGUGCAUAUAUCAGAAGAAACAAGUAAAUUUCUAGGUGGUUCCUAUGUUUUAGAAGAAGGCGACGAGGUAUUUGGUCAUAAAACUUACUUCAUUGAGGGGCGUCAGCUAAACUCUCCAUAUGAUCAUGAUCAGUGUAUUACACCUUCGAAUCCUAUUAACCUUCGCCUUAUUAUAUCUCCUGCAGUCUCGCCGCAGUCCAACCUUUCCUUUAACCACUCUCCCUUGCCACUUUCUAUGAGAACACAUGAUGUAUUCAAUGAUGACAAGAAUGGCACAAGCAAUAAUUUCCUAUCCCCUAAUCCAUUAAAAUUUCGUACGAAGGCAAGUUCCCUGCCCAGUAUUCUGGAUUCUGAUGCAGAGUUAGAUGAGAAAAGGGAAAAAGGUUUUGUGGAAGAAAAUGAUGAUUCAUCAAAAAGCCCAACUUCAGUUGGGAGUUACGGCAAAUAUACUAAUAAACUGAAAAAUUGGAAGGUACCCAGGUUUCUUAGGAAACAUUCGGACACACCGCUCCAUGAGAUGAAGAAGCAGAAUUUCAGCGACAAAACUAUACAUUUUCUAGAAAGGGGCGAUGAAAACAUUUCUCAGUCGAACAAUGGCUACCGUCAAGUGCCUAUCGUGAUAGAAUCUCCAGACAAUAAGACGCACAGGCCUGCUCAAAGUAGUAGUAAGAUUCAUAUACCACAGGGUCAAGAGACGGCUUCGUUUGAGAAGGAGAUUAUCGAUAUCCGAUCGUAUUUAAGUCAGUCUAGAUGUAAUAUGUCGCCAUUUGCUAGAAGCAGCAGUUACCGAUCGCAGUACGGACGGCCGAAUAUCGAGAAUCCAGUGUGUCGAGCACGUAGUUCGACUCUGGCAACACAGGCAGAGUUAAUGCGGCCAAAAGACCGUCGGCUAAAUCUUCCCAUACCGUCUACACAAUCUCCUCGCGUACAGGACGACAUCGUUAGUCUAUGCCCGUCCGUCAACAGUAGAAAAGAUUCUGGCAUUAGGAGCACUAGUCGGAGGUCCAGCAUACAACAACAGAUUUUCGCACUCAAUCAGGCCGCGCUAGCAACGUCACAGAAUGAUAUAAUGCAGCAUAGAGUAUCUGGUUAUUACACGUCAAGCCAGUCCUCCUUAAAUGAACUGGCUUCAAAGAGUCGACUACCAGCGCCACUGAAUGAGCAACAGAUGCAAUCUCUGCAGAAGCUACGAAAACAAUCUGACCUUCAGCUUAUUCGAUGCGUUCAAGACAAUUCUAGAUCAGGAAUAAGCUAUUUCGUUCAGCCACCUUUAAAUAGGUUCACACUAUUCUUUAAAUCGCCAGAAAUGGAAAGGCAUUACAGGGACAUGGCUCACAGAAGCGACGACAGUGAAGAUUUUCCGCCUACCCUCACUACAUCUAGAUUUAAUACCGCCCUAGAUAUCCUUGUAUCAGUAAUCAUUUUCAUAGCGGUUACUAUGUCUAUAUUUAUACUAUACUGUGAAUGGCGGCGAUCGCUUGGUUGGGUUAUAUUCUUUUUCCUUAUAGAAACUUUGGCCAUGUCGCUUUGUAUAUAUCGCCAUUACUUAAAGUAUAAAACGAAGAACGAGCCUCUGGUAACGAAUACGAUUCGGCGAUCAGUUAAAAUAUUUAGGAAGCUGUCCGACUGGCUCCCCUGGCAUUUGUCUGGUAGUCUCUUGAUUAGUAUACCUAUUUUGGCCGUCCUCAUAAACUUUUCAUGCAAAAGCACUACAAUGACAAUCUUAAAAGGGGAACAAUCUUUUUAUGUGUACCUUCUUUGCAUCGGAAUAGUGCAGUUCUGUAAUUUCACUCAGAUGAGUUGGCUCGUUAAAAAUACUCUAGUGACGCUGUAUGCAGGCCUCUUCUUAUUUUUCACCGUGUUAGGUUGUCGCGAGGUUAGUACUGAGUUAAUUGACGAAGAUAUUAGUUUAAGUCCACAAAUUGUUGGUCACAACACCACCUUUUUGAACAUGAUGAACACAUCUUUUGACGGCUGGUUGGGAAGUAACGGUACGGAAGGAUUUGUAGGCGUACGACAUAAAAUGCACUUGACAGAAUUGUACUUGGAUAUCGCCCUGCUGCUGAUGCUUGUUUGGUUCUUAAAUAGAGAAUUUGAAAUCAGUUACCGACUAAGUUUCUAUAGCAAUGUUGUUGCGAAUCUCGAUAAGCAGAAGGUCCAGAACAUGAGGAAUCAAGCGGACUGGCUGCUGCAUAAUAUCAUACCGCGCCACGUGGCUGAUCAAUUGAAAAACACCGCAAAGUAUUCUGAAAAUCACAAAGACGUGGGGAUUAUAUUUGCGAGUAUAGUGAAUUUUAAUGAGAUGUAUGACGAGUCUUACUUAAGGGGAAAGGAAUAUUUGCGAGUGCUUAACGAACUGAUCGCUGAUUUUGAUGAAUUAUUAGAAAGACCACAAUUUCAACACGUUGAAAAAAUAAAGACGAUCGGCAGUACAUUUAUGGCUGCCAGCGGUCUGAACCCCGACUUGCGGUACGCAUCUCGCGGCACUUACGACCACUUGUAUCAGUUGAUGGACUUUGCACUUGAAAUGCAGAAAGUCGUUGAUAAUUUCAAUCAGGAUUUACUUGAAUUCGAUUUUAUACUUCGGAUUGGCUACAACUUCGGUGACGUCACGGCUGGCGUUAUAGGCACCACGAAGCUGUAUUACGAUAUAUGGGGUGAUGCGGUUAAUAUAGCAUCGAGAAUGGAUUCUACUGGCGUCGCUAAGCGCAUCCAGGUUGGUGAGGCCUGUAUUUCCGUGUUGUCCGCAAAAUAUGAGUUCGAACCUCGUGGCAGCGUCUAUGUUAAAGGUAAGGAUAACAUGAACGUAUACCUCGUUUCGGGUAAGAAGGACAUCUAG